UGGACCUUCCUUCUUACCACUGUGCAUUCGUUUCCCUGGACACUCCUAACAGCAAUUCACCACAACAGACAACAAGCAAGCAGACAUGGACAAGUACACGGAUCACCUCGCCCAAGAGGUGAUAGGAGAUAGGAAGAUUAUCACCUACAGACAGCUCAGUCGCACCCUCAAAGUCCACGUCAAUGUGGCCAAAGAGAUGCUCUACGACUUCUACACCGUCCAGAACUCGAACGAGCCCGAUGCCGUCCACGCCAACUACAUGCUCACCGGCUACCGCCAGGAAGAGGACAAGAAGAAGGUUGAAGGGGCGGAGGGAGAAGAUACGCACAUGGAGGCAUCGCCUUUCGAGGCUACACAGCAGCCGGACAAGGCUCUCGUGAGGUCUAUUGUCGUCGUUCCUCAGGAGAAGCUCACAGAGGCAAAGGCGAAAUUCUCAAGGCUCUCGAGCAUCCACAUCUACAGUCUGCAGUCGACCAAGCUCACGGAUCUACACAUGGUCUCUGCUGCCGCCCAGGAGGUACUGGAGAGUGUCCAAGGCGAGGAAGCCAAAGAGAUGGGACGGGUGUACGGAACGAUCUCGAACCCUGAAGCGAAGCUCCGCUCCCAGCGCACGGUGAUGUUGCAGACUGCCUCACAGGCUCCGAAGAAGCCGGCCGCCUCCUCUAUUACUACUCCCGGUCCGAAGAAGAAGACCGCCGCCAAAACUUCUCCCACAGAAAAGAAGAAGCCGGCGGCCAAGAAGUCGAAUCCCCUCGCCUCCGCGUUUGCGAAGAAGCCGGAGGCGAAAGAGCAGCCUGCUACGAAGGAGAAAGCAACCCCUGAAAAGGCCGAGUCUGUGCCGGGAAAGGCCACCGAAUCUGCGGCCAGCAAGAAAACGGCGAACGCCUUCUUCUCGAACUGGAAUGCCGCUAGUCAGAAGGCGAAGGAAAAGAAGGGGAACUCCCAGGUCAGUCAGGCUACAUCCCAGAGUCCCCCUGCCGAACCCAAGGACGAGAAGAUGGAGUCUGACUCGGAGGCCGAGGAGCCUGCGCCCCCCGCUCGUGACAUGGACGAAGACAUCCGCAAGCGCAAAGCCAAGCGGGACGCGAUCGAGGCCAUGAUGGACAUGUCGGAUGAGGAGAAGUCGCCUCCGACGAAGAAGAAGGCGCGUUCGCCAUCGCCACCAGCCAAAACCGAGAGUCCUGAGCCGCCGCCAGCUAGCGGCCAGUCGGGCAGGAGACGCGGAAAGAGAAAGAUCACCAAGAAAGUCACCAGUAAAGAUGACGAGGGAUAUCUUGUCGUCAAGAUGGAGAGCGUGUGGGAGAGCUAUUCGGAAGAUGAGGCGCCAGCCUCACCCAAGCCCAAACCGAAGGCCACUCCUGCUGCUGCCGCGAAGAAGGGGAAGAAACUGCCGCCACAGCAGGGCACAUUAAAUAACUUUUUCCAGAAGAAGUAGAUUUGUUAGGGAACAUGGUGAAUGCAUGGUGUAUCAUAGUUUGUUUUCUUUCCGCGAGUAAUAAUAAUGAUGGGAUUU